UGUGCCUAAUUGAUAAAAAAAAAAAAACGAAUCUUGUUUAUAUAGCCGGCACGCUGACCUUGUAUAGAUCAGUAAUCAAGAGAAGCGAGCAGCAGUGUGUAGUGUCGUGUGUUUAUACGUAUUGCAUAAUAUUUACACCGCUAUAAAUACAAAUAUGGGUGUCAAACUAUAUGUUAUGGACUUCAGCCCACCAUCACGAUCAUGCAUGAUGGCCUGUGAAAUCUUUGGCGUUCCAUUCGAGAAGAUACCAGUCAACUUAUUUAAAAGUGAACAUCUCACUCCAGAGUUUUUAGAGAAAAAUCCUCUCCACACAAUUCCUGUUCUAGAAGAUGGUGACUUUAUAUUAUACGAUAGCCACGCCAUAAUGGCCUAUCUAGCUGACAUCUACGGAAAAGAUGAGUCUUGGUAUCCAAAAGACGUGAAAAAACGAGCACUAGUUAACCAAAAAUUGUUCUUCAAUACAGCUAUUAUUUAUCGUAGAUUAAGAAACAUCACAUAUUAUGUAUUCCAAAGAGGAAAGAAGACUCUAGAACAGGACUGGUUGGAUGACAUUGCAGAAGGGUACAGUUUCCUGGAAGCAUUCUUGUCGAAAACAAAAUAUAUUGCUGGAGACCAUGUCACCAUUGCUGAUGUAGCAAUUUUGAGUCAUCUGGCCACUCUCGAAUAUAUUUUACCUGUUGAUGCUACAAAGUAUCCUAAAACAUCCGCUUGGUUUGAAAAUUUGAAAACGACGCCGUAUGCUAAGAAAUAUAAUGAAGAAGGUGCUAAGGCUUUGUAUGAUCUUCUUAAGAACUGUUUAACCUCUUGAAAAUAUUACUGUAGUGCUUACUUACUUAUCAGUAAUUAAAAUAAUAAUAUCCUACCGCCGUACUCAGAGUUAUUUAAUGGUCAUUUAACACAGUCGUAACUAAGGAAUAGUUUAAGUAAUCAUUAAAUGGCUUUGAAUGCGGCAGUUAAAACUAUGCCUAUCGUAAAUCUGUGUUUUAUGAAUAUAUUUAUCGCUAAGAAUAAAUAAAUAAAACCUCUAAAA